AUGGCAGCAGCAGCGCUCAGCGGCGGCGGCGCCGUACGCCGGCGGAAGUUCUUCAAGGUCCUCCUGCCCGGCACCUUCGAAUCCAGCCUGUGGCUGCCGCCCAAGUUCGCGGCGGGGCUGGAGGCUUGCCCGCCGGGCAUCGCCGUGGCCACGCUGCGUGACCCCGCGGGCCGCUCAUGGCGCGUCGACCUCGACCGCCGCGGCGGCAACAGCGUGUGCUUCACGGGGAAAGGGUGGCGCGGCUUCGUCUCCUGCUGCGGCCUCUCCGCCGGCAACUUCCUGGUGUUCGACCACCUCGCCGCCCUCGACUUCGCCGUCGACCCCUUCGACGCCUCCGGCUGCAGCCUCGACGCCAUCGUUACUCCCCCCGUGAAGCUCAAGGUCGACGAAGACGACGACACCGCCAGCCGCUGCCACCAAGACACCCUGUCCUCCGGCAAUGAUAAUAACAACGGUGGCCGGAGCCCGGCCGGGACGAAGAGGAAGAGGAAGCGCUCGCCGAAUGCCACUACGGCGGCACGGCUCUCCCGUGCUGCCCUGCCCUGA